AUGGCGUCAGAGCCUCUUAAAGGGACGCUGCCGGCGCCCAUUUCCCCGACCAAAACCAUUGCAAAUCCCACAUUCGACGCGCUGCGCUGCGCUGCCUACCUCGCCGACGUAGACUACUUCGAGCGCGAGAUCGCCGCCGAAGAAGAAGAGAACGACCAGGAGGACGCGGACGAGGACGGCGAUGUGACCAUGGCGCAAGCUCUCAGCCCUCCUGCGCCCUUGCUGCCGUCGUUCGUCGCCAGAGCUUCGCCGCCCGAUGAACCUUCGCUGCGACCCCGUCAAGCUUCGCCGAGCCUCGCCGCGCAGCGAUUCACCGCUGCACGUCUGCUGCCGCCGCACCGUACACUCUCCGGCGACUUCUUCUCUUCUUCUUCUUCGCCGGACCUCGUCGGCGACUGCAAGUUCACUGCUUCUCCGGCGACCAUCCUCAGCAUUUCGCGCCGCCCCAGGCGAAGCAGCGCUUCCCUCGCAUCGCCGCGGAGCAGCGAGGCCCUUGCCGGAAACGGCCUCUGGACAUGGUCGACCCGGAUCCAUACAUCCAUUGGACCGAUCUCAAGAUGGGUCGCACCCACACCCCACGCCCCGAUGCCCCCUCAGCCAGCGCCGACCCACCAGUUGUGGAGCGCGCAGUGCCGCUUCAGGACGAGGUUGGUGAUGAGUUCCUGGAGAGACUCAUCUCCCAGGACAGGAAAAAAGAAGGCGCCGGCAUCCGAAGCCAGCCCCAGCGAGGCUCCUCCCGCCAAGCGCCCCCGGCAAGAAGUUGUCGGCGGGAAGCCGGUCACUAAGAAGCAGUACAAGAAGCGGCAGAUGCCGGUCGCUUCCAGCCCUGCGCUCAAGCUCUCCAAGAGCACCGAUGGAACCGCAAGGACCUCACCUUCUCCUCAACCAAGCCCGGCACCACCUAGUGCCGGCAACUCUUCUGCCUCCCCUCUGGGAGCUAUCCCGGAAGCUUCUAUCGAAGUCCUCAAGACUCAGCUCGCUGCCCUCCAAGCUGAAAAGGAGCAACUCAUCCUAGAUCACCGCAAGGCUUUGGACGCCCAGGAGCUUGUCUCCAGGGGGCUCAAGGACCAGGCCAUCCAGGCUGGGCUCCGGCAUGACCAGGAGCUGAAGGACGCCAAAGCUGCUCAUGAGGCCAAGCUGGCGGACGUCCUGGAGGAUUCCACCAACUCCAACGCGGUGCUCCGUGCGGAGCUGGAAGAGGUGAGCAAGGCACGGAAGGCGGCCGAGGAUCAGGUCGCUCUCCUAACUGGGGAGCAAAAGGAGUAUGACCAGCUGGUCAUGCAAACCGACGCACUCGCCUUCAGGCUCUUUCCGGAUUCGCAUGUGCACGCGCAGAAGAAGGUGGCGGAUCGCCGGGUUGCGCAGCAGUUCCAGAACCUGACUGCGCCCUGGGAUCCUUAUGACCACCUGGUCGCGCUCUCAGCCCGGGUCUAG